CCCACCCGCAAAGUGUCCCCUGGGGGUGUUGGGGCGGAGUGUGAGGAGGAGCGUUGCUUCCGGGAAGCAGCUCCGCCCAAAUGUGCUGGGGACGCAAGGGUGCGCGAUAGCUGUGGCGGUGGCAAGAGCGUAGACUCGCAGCUCUUGGGAGCUGAGCAUCUGGCAGAUAUCCCGGGAGCCCUCACUUCCACCCAGCUGGCUGCCCUGUGCCCUCACUGCUCACCAUGCAGCCCCAGUCUGUUCUGCACAGCGGCUACUUCCACCCACUGCUUCGGACCUGGCAGACAGCGGCCGCCACCCUCAGUGCCUCCAACCUCAUCUACCCCAUCUUUGUCACGGAUGUUCCUGAUGAUGUACAGCCUAUCGCCAGCCUUCCAGGAGUGGCCAGGUAUGGUGUGAACCGGCUAGAAGAGAUGCUGAGGCCCCUGAUAGAAGAGGGCCUGCGCUGCGUCCUGGUCUUUGGUGUCCCCAGCAGAGUUCCCAAGGACGAGCUGGGCUCUGCAGCCGACUCCGAGGACUCCCCGGCUGUGGAGGCGAUCCGUCUGUUGCGCAAGACCUUCCCCAGCCUCCUGGUGGCCUGCGACAUCUGCCUGUGCCCCUACACCUCCCAUGGUCACUGUGGGCUUCUGAACAAGAAUGGGAUUUUCCUGGCUGAGGAGAGUCGCCAGCGGCUGGCAGAGGUGGCUCUGGCCUAUGCCAAGGCAGGAUGUCAUGUGGUAGCCCCGUCGGACAUGAUGGAUGGACGCGUGGAAGCCAUUAAGAAGGCUUUGAUGGCACACGGACUUGGCAACAGGGUGUCAGUGAUGAGCUAUAGUGCCAAAUUUGCUUCCUGUUUCUAUGGACCUUUCCGGGACGCGGCUCAGUCAAGCCCGGCUUUUGGAGACCGCCGUUGCUACCAGCUGCCUCCCGGAGCCCGAGGCCUAGCCCUCCGAGCAGUGGACCGGGAUGUGCGGGAAGGAGCCGACCUGCUCAUGGUGAAGCCGGGAAUGCCCUACCUGGACAUCGUGCGGGAGGUGAAGGACAAGCACCCGGAGCUCCCUCUCGCCGUGUACCACGUGUCUGGAGAGUUUGCUAUGCUGUGGCACGGAGCCCAGGCCAGGGCAUUUGAUCUCAAGACUGCAGUCCUGGAGGCCAUGACCGCCUUCCGCAGAGCAGGUGCCGACAUCAUCAUCACCUACUACACACCUCAGCUAUUGCAGUGGCUGAAGGAGUGAUGGAGAGAGCGUGCGAGACCCAACAACUAGGACUUUACAAAGGUCCCAGGGCCUUGGAGAAGUGAAAACCGAAGUUAAUGCUGCUUUUAGAACUGUGCCCUCCUCCUGCUCACAUGCUGGCAGGCACCCAGCAGUUCCAGGUGGUUUCUGCCAGCAUGCCAAACCACCAUUGCAGCCGCAUCUCCCCGGGCUCCCUCAAGCUUCUCCACCCUCCUCAGGGCCAGCUCUGAAGCCACCUCUGCCGCUGUAGCGCCUUCCUCUGAAGAGGCGUUCUCAAGAAAACCCCUCGGAGUCACGGGCACAGGUUUGGGAUGCCUAGGAGAGGGGUCUGGAGCAUUAGGGGAAGAGGAACGCAGUUGGAUCAUUGGUCCUCAGAAGUUCUGGAAAACCCAAGGCCUCUGGAAGCACUGCUGGGCCCAGGGACUGAGGCCUGGAUUGACCUGUCCAGGUUCAGAGUUGAGAUUUGCUGUGAUUCCACUGGAAGGCAAGUCGCUCAGGCCAGUGUUUGCCAGGCUGCCUGAGAUCUGCUCCACCCUGAGCCAUAAACCCAGAAAAGAAUUAACUCUACUGAGCAGAAACAUUGCCUGGGGGUUACAAUGCAGAAGCAAAGAGAGAGUUCCUGACUGUUGGAGAUGUCACCAUUGAACAGGUGUUUAUUAAAGAGAGAUAUUUUUGA